UUGAUUUUAUAAGAUUUUCCCUGCUGUCAAUGUCAAACUUAAGUUCGAUGUCGUAGAAUCAGAAUUCUCGCACGAUAUUUUAAAGGAGUUCGUUCGAUCUUUACAAGACUUGUGAUACUACAAGAAUUAUGGCGUUGAGAACGACUGCUGUUUUGCGUAGCAGUUUGUCCAAAUGGGCAUACAACCUUUCUGGAUUUAACAAAUAUGGCCUUCUCCGAGACGACUGCCUCUAUGAAAAUGAGGAUGUGAAAGAAGCUUUACGCCGUCUCCCAGACCAUGUUGUGGAUGAACGUAACUUCCGUUUGGUCCGUGCUACUCAGCUGUCCUUGCAGAAAAUAGUCUUGCCCAAAGAAGAAUGGACAAAGUAUGAAGAAGACAAGCUCUACCUUACCCCCAUUGUGGAUCAAGUUAUUAAAGAGAGGAAAGAACGUGAAAAAUGGGAAAAGGAAUUUUAAUCCCUCGGCAACAACAUGUGCUACAUCAUAUUAUGUUAAUUUAAAUAAAGUUAGUGUUUAAUAAAUAAA